AUUGUGUACUGAUAAUUAUCAUAUAUCUAAAUCAGCAUUACAUCUUGAGAGUGAUUUUAGCAGUAAAUGUCAAAACUGCAUGCUAUCAGUUAACCAAUUUAAUAUUUCUUGCUUCAAUCAUUUUGUCAUUAAAAAGUAAGGAAAAGAUCUAACCUGAUACCAUUCGUUUUGUUUAUAUGUUUAAUAAAAGAUAAUAAAUGUGGUAAGUUUUGCCAAUGAUAUAACUCUCAACCAGAGUCCAAAUGACUUGGAUGUAAGCAACAGAAAGGCCUACAACAAUGAGCACAUCCCAUACCGUAUAGUGAGCUAUAGGACGACUCAAAAAUGAAAAAAAAGAAUAAUUUAAACAAUGGUAACCACAAAUAAGCGGCUUGAUAACACUGUUUCACGAGAGCGAUAGAGAAAUUUUAUCGCAAAUAAAUACUAUAAGAGAGCGAUGGUUUUUAAGUAACCGAUCACUCUCGGGAACCCGUUGAUGUCAAGAAUACGUUCUUCCAUAUAUAUUUUGUACGUCGGUAUUGGCAAGAAAAUACGAAUGUUGUUUAUUAGUCAUUUGCUGUUAAACACUUUUGAAAUACAAGGUCGUUAAACACCCCCUAGUAUUUUUGAAAUCAUUGUAAAUUCAGGAAUGUAUCUCUCUAAUGUAAAUUUUUGGCCUACGUUUGGUCCAUUCAAGCAUUAACAAAGAGACAUUAAUUGGUGAAAUGCGAAAUCGGUGCAGUGAAAUUAGUACCUUAAUGUUUGUAUAAGAGAUCAGGUCCUAAACAUGCUUAAAGCAUAAAAUGGUAAGACAUUUAUUAAAAUUGUUAUACUUGACCAUGAUAAUUAACAAAAUAAGUUUUUAUUACAUUUCAAAUUGCACAAAUUUAUAACUAAUCAUAAAAGAUCACUGCAGAUGUUUCUUUUGCGGAGAUGGUCUGCAAUUAUGGGAAGUUGGGGAUUUGCCAUGGACAGAGCAUGCGCGGUGGUAUCCGAAAUGCCAAUUUGUAAAACAGUGCAUGGGAGAAAAGUUCAUUGAAGAUGUGCAGCAUGAAUAUGAUCCUGAAAAUAUUUCAAAUAAAUCACAAUCGGAACAAAAGAUCAAGUCAAAAGGGUUAAAUGGUUACACCAAUAAUCCAGCAGUGCAAACAAUUUUAGAAUUUGGAUAUGAACCAACUGUAGUUAAAGCAGCUUAUACGAGCUUACAAACAGCUGGAAUUCAAGAUAUAACAGCUAGUUUGUUGUUUGAAACAAUUAAUGAAAGAGAAGAAAGAGAACAAAAACAAUCGGCUUGUAAUCAUCCUGUUAAAAGUAGCUCUCAAUCAGUACAUAAAGUGAAAAGUCACAUCCAGGAUACACGUAAAGACGAACAGGCAAAUAUUGACCCAGACAUUGAAUGAAAGUAUAUCACAUUUUUAUCUGGAAGAAGAACUACCGAAUUAGACUAUUUACCGGAUUUGUAAUAACAUAAGCAACACGACGGGUGCCACAUGUGGAGCAGGAUCUGCUUACCCUUCCGGAGCAUCUGAGAUCACCCCCAGUUUUUGGUCGGGUUCGUGUUGCUUAGUCUUUGGUUUUCUAUGUUGUGUCAUCUGUACUAUUAUUUGUCUGUUUGUCUUUUUAUUUUUGGCCAUGGCGUUGUCAGUUUGUUUUCGAUCUAUGAGUUUGACUGUCCCUCUGGUAUCUUUCGUCCCUCUUUUACGACAAUUUCAAGUUUGUCUUCCAUGAAUCGAAAUUCUAAAUAUCCCCUAGUGCAUAAGCAUAAUAUCACAAUAAUAAUAACACGUCUUUAUUGACAGCAAAUAUUGUUAUGCCAACUUCAUUCGGUCAAUCGACGCAACAAUUUUGAGGUCACUCGUAGAAUUAUCAUGAUGGAAAUAGAAAUGUGAGUUUGAGGAUAUAAUAUAUCUAUAUACUAUUGGAUAUAUAUAAUAUAGAACAAGUUAGUUUCAAAAUUGAAGUAGCCAGGUAAUAUUUAGCUAACAGAGUACCUUAAUGUUACAGCCCGUUUUCUCGUGUUUUUCUGGGUUAUAAUGCUGAAUUUUUAUUUUAUAUGCGUAAUGUUUUGCCAAUUUUGCCUUUGUUCCUUAUAUCUGUGACCUCCUAGGCAAAUAUAUGACCUAGUCCUGUUCAUUGAUAAUUUUCUACGUUUUCUAUGUAUUGUGUGCGAUUUUGUCCCAUGUACAUUUACUCCAUAUCCUUUCAUUUCUAUUAUAAAUCCUAAUUUUUACUAGUUCAAAUCGGUACAUCAUUUUUCAACAUUUAAUAAUUUUCUGACUAAAUCAAUAAAAUAGAUUGCUAUUAUUCAACCAAUUAAUCUAGAAUUUAGAAUCAAGACUAAAGGGAAAUUGAUACCAUUACUUACUUGGUGUUCCUUAUGUAAUGCUCAUGGUUUCUUUAUGC